GGGGCCUCCUGCGGUGAAGUCACACCCGCCUGGCGGCUCCCGGAGGCCGCGGCCGGGAGGGGCAUUGCGGCGUGGUCACCGCUGGGCCGCCGCAGGGUCGCGCUCUCAGACCGAGGGAGCAGUCUGCGAGCGGCCGCGGGGCCCCCUUGGGCCCCUCAGUUCCAGGGUGACAACCGGUCCUCUGCCCUCUGCUGUGCAGAGCCGCAGCACCUCCCGGAAGCCAGAAGCCCGGGGAGUGCAGGGGGUUGCCUGACCUGCUCUGCCCCAGCCCCAGCCUGAGUUGAAAUCAAGGACCAGCUGCCGUUCACCUCCCCUCCGCCAUUCUGCCCUCUCACCUCCGGCCAUGGCGCCCCUGCUCACCCUGUUCCUCGUGGCCCUGCUGGGCCUCCCUCUGGCCCAGGCUCUGGACUGCCACGUGUGCGCCUACAACGGAGAGAACUGCUUCAACCCCAUGCGCUGCCCGUCCAUGGUCACCUACUGCAUGACCACACGCACCUACUACACGCCGACCAGGAUGAAGGUGAGCAAGUCGUGUGUGCCCAGCUGCUUCGAGACCGUGUACGACGGCUACUCCAAGCACGCCUCCACCACCUCGUGCUGCCAGUACGACCUCUGCAAUGUUGCCGGCCACGCCCGCCCCGGGGCCCUGGCCCUGGCCCCCGUCCUCCUGGCCGCCCUCUGGGGUCUGCUCUGAAUCUCCGCCCCCCUCCCCCCGACACCCACUCAAGGACCGAGUUCUGGGGGACACAGCCCUCCCUUUUCACCCUGCGUACCCACCCGCCGUGUGCCCCACCCCCGGCCAUGCCCAGGGCUGCCGCCCGAGGACUCGCCGCCUGGGGCUUCGCUCCCAGAGACUUUCACUCUCAGAAGGUUAAUGUGGGACCAGGCCUCCAGGGGAGGGCUCGCCCCUCUCUGCCCAGGGAAGGGGGUGUCUACUAAAGUGUGCCGCUCCCCUGGGGUCCUCAGUUGGCCAAGGGACACUGAUUUGAGGGGAGACUUGGCCCACCUUCCUGGCAGCUGCCACCGUCCGCCCAGUCAGUGUGUGGAGGCGCAGGAGACAGCAGGGACCUGGGUGGCAGGACCCUAGGAAGCAGGGCUCUCUGGGGCCCACGAGGGCUGUCUCCGUGGGCAUGUGACAAAGGCCUUGGUCCCUGUCCGCCGUCUCAGGGGGCAGUCCCCGGAAGCCCUGUGUAGCCAGGCGGCCCUGGGGGGGGAGGGGCGGGCUCGUCUGGAAGGAAACCCUGAGGCCCCCAGUCCCAGAAGCCUAGUAAGAGAUCCUUCCUUCCUCCUUGCUCUGCCAAGCCCUUGACCUUCCGCAUGCCCCUCCCUCCCCAGCCCACGCUGCAGGCAUUCGGGGCAGGUCGGACGGGCUAUAUUUGGUGGAGCCUGGGAGCUGAGCCCAGGGCUAUUUUUACCACGGAGCUGGUGGGGCCAAACCUCUUGGUCUUCAGCCCUAGCCUUCCCCUUAGCGGAGGGGGUGAGCUGCAGUCUGCCUGGGGUGGAGGGGGGAGCGGGGGCUCCUGAGAAGAAGAGAGGGAGGAGGUCUGGGAUGGGGGGGAGGCAGAGUCCCGGGAAUCAAGUGACUGGGGCCCUCUUCCCUCUGACUCUGCCUAGGGAGAGAGAGAGAAGUCCACCCCGGGCUGUGGGGGAUGGUCUCCAGCUGCUCCCAACCC